AAGUUGUAUGACUGCCCGGAAACGACCACUGUGAGGCGAACAGAAGUACCCGAGGGAAGACGGGGGCACUAAAAAUUGACACGGGGCGGAAAAUAUUUGGCCGACCAUAAUCCGUUAAAAAAUACGCGCAAAACUGACCAGAAGGACAGUUUCUGUUUAAACCCUACGUUGAUAAUAAUACGGCGAGAGGCUGAACGUUAGCGAGCUCAGCCAGCGGAAAUCGGGGUUUGUUUAACGGAUCGAAAGCGAUGGAGAGGCCUCCGAGAGUGUUUUUCCACGGGAUGAGGAAAAAUGACCUGCUAACCUGAAAUCGGAAACCGCCUUUGUGCACAUCUACGCUUUCGGCGCCCUUUUCGCAUAAGUUAUUUUCACGCUUUGCUCUUCAACGGGACUUUCUCCGUUCACGUGCAGAGGGAUGUGAUUGAAAAGGGGAAUCCGGCUCUCCCCCUCCCUCAUCCCCCUGCAGUCAACAAAAUAAUACCGGAGAACAAUCGCAUUUCCUUCAAGCUCUGAAGGCCUCGGACUGGAAAGGUGCUGUCAACAAACAGGAGGAGGAGGAGGCGGAGGAGGAACUACUAGGUCAUAACACUGUGCUUGUGUUUGUGAUCUUCCAGCGGAGGUGUUAUAGAAGGAGGUUGGAUACACCCGGUGGACAAUCUGAAUUUUCACCUAUUCACUCCGUUGGUUGCUCAUCAUUCUUCUAAUUAGAUGAAGACUUUUCUAAGGACUCAAAAAUUGGGGUCUUUCCAUCAGCAUUUUUCAAAAAAAUACAUAAUAUAAAAAAAAUCAACUUUACUUCAAUUUGAAUGACCUGCGACACUAAAUGAUUUGGUUUUCAGUGGUAAAUAUUUUGUGAACAAAAAUUCAUAUCGUAUUGAUAGACAUGGUUUUAAUGUUUUAACUGUAGAUGUACUAGUUUUGAAAGACUAACGCAGGCAUCUGUUUAUUGCAUGAUAUUGUAAAUAAUUUUUGCUCUUUUUUUUGUUACUUAUUUAUAGAUAAUUAUUUAAUCCAAAACUUCCACAGUUUUACCACAUGUAGUGCCCCACUAUUAUAGCCAAAAUAUUUUUUUCUGGGAUGGAAUAUCACAACAUCAAAUAAGUAACUAUUUUAGAGACAUUUAUUUUAAAAACUUAAGCUGCUAGCAGAUUACUUCAAAGCUUUAUCUUGAUUAAUAUAGACCAUUUGGUAGAAUAAUUCACUUUGCUGCAAACUGCAAAGGAUUUAGGAACGAGAAAAUUCCUAGCAACAUCCCUCAACAUUCAGAGGGAGAUGUUUCAGUUUGGAAAGUACCCCAUGGACAUUUUAGAAAUGCUCAGUGGACACCAGGCUCACCAGUUCAAAGGACUGGGGCUGGAAAGACAACUGCAGCACCAACAAGUUCAACUUCAGCACCAUCAGCAGCUUCAACAGCAGCAGCAGCAACAGAGUGAGGCCUCUGGCAGCCUCUUGUCUGGGCUUGGUCUUGGUUCCCUUCAAGGGUCAAGAAGUAAUGCAUUUGCCGACUCCUCAUCACUCUUUGCCAAAAUGAGUGCACCCCCUCCACCUCUUCCGCAACAGACUCAGUCCUCAUCAUCACAGAGCACACGUAAAUCCAGCAAGAUGAACAGCAGCAGUGGGAGUGGCAGUUCUGCCUCUGGGUAUCCGCAGUUCCUACGUACCUUUCACCCAGCUGAGGCUGCUUUAGCCCAGGAACAGCUUCAUUCAGGAAUGGGGCGUUUCGAUUUUUCAGGAGGAAGUACUGGAGGAGGCUCUGGAGUAAUUGGAGGAGUUGUAACAUCUGCUCCACCGCCACCACCCUUGCAUCCUGGUCUGUCUGUUCCUCAGCCAUCUCCUGGACCAUCCUCUGCAUCACCUUCCUCAUCAAGUUCAACCACCACUUCAAAUAAUCCCCCCAGCAGUAGCAGUUCAGUGGCUGGAUUAGUUGGAGCCCAAUCUGAUGCAAGAAGUUUACACCAGCAGUUCAGUUGCAUGCUUGCUGCAAAUCAGUACCUUUUCUCUGGAGUGCCCACAAAUGCUAGUUUGGAACAGUUUCUAGUUCAGCAGGGACCCCACAAUCAUCUUGGUCUUACAGACUCCAAUUCAGGCCUUGCUCCCCCUCCCGCCCUUCAUCCUUCUCACACCCAUGGCCAUCCAGCUCCACAGCAACAGCAACAGCAGCUACCACCUCAUGCAUUGUCCCACCCACACAGCCAUGCCCAUCCACACCACCCUCUUCAUCCUGCCCCCCAACCAUCACCUCUCGGUGGUUUUGAUUUUCAAGGUAUUCCUGUUCUUUCCUCUAAUCAGCUAGCAUCACUAAUGCAACAAGAACCAGGCCUCCCUUUGCCACUCCCACUCCAUCUCUCUGUACCAAAGGAUGAUGGGAAGGGAGAUAACGGAUCUGGGGCUGGAGGAAUAGGAGGUAGUGGCAGCAGGAGAAAGAAAGCCAUGGCUGGCUACCUGCCCCAGAGGAAGACAGAUGGUAGCGGUAGCAGCACUACUAGCAGUGCUAACUGCCACGGCAGCUCUGGGGCACAUGGUCAUGAUGGGUCCUCUGGUCUUGUGGGAGGAGGUGGAGGGGUUGGUAUGAGGGGUCUUAGUGGUGACCCCUCCUCCAUCCUCUCCUCGUCAGCACCAUCCUCCACUUCUUCAACUGUCUCCUCCUCUUCUUCCUCUGCCCCAUCAUCAAACUCUGCAUCUGUGCUGGUAACAAAUAUCUCUCAGAACACCAAACCAGAAAACCAGCAAUCAAUGACUCCAAAUAUCACACAGCCUGAGCAAGAGCCAAUCUAUCAUUGUGGAGAGUGCGGCAAGUCUUUUUCUCAUCUUCCAAGUCUUCGUCGACACAUACGCUGCCAUGAAGAUGGUGGUAAUCGUCCCAACAGUAGUUCCAACUCAAAUCUUCAACAUCCUUCAGAUCUCCCCCACUCAACACAGGAUGGCAUUUCUCAAGACGCUCACCACCAGCAUGAGCAGAAUCCAGACCGAUUGUCUUCCGCUUGCUCAAGUCCAGAAAAGUCUUACUGUUGUAAUGAAUGUGGAAAGGGGUUCAAGAAAAGAGGUCACCUCCUCCAGCAUGGUGUUAUCCACUCUGGAGAUCGUCCAUAUGCCUGCUCUGUCUGUGAGCGUUCAUUCAACCGCCGAGAGUCACUCACCCGGCAUGAAAAAAUUCACGAAGAGAAACCCUACCGGUGUCCAGCGUGUGGCCGUUGCUUCAGAGAGAGCACUUCCUUGCUCAACCAUGCCGCCUCUGGAAACUGUGGCAAGCCAGGGAGGAGAUCCAGAAGCAGCGAUGGUAGCUCAAUAAGUUCAGUAGACAGCAAAGUUGAAAAUGAUUUCCAAGGUGGACAAAUGAGUGAUGCAAAAGAACUGGUGUUUUGCAAAAAUGAGGAUAGCACAGCUGGGAUGUCCUGUGACAGUAUGUAUGCACAGGGAAGAAGCAGCAGCCAAAAUCCGGUGGGCAAAACUGAAGAGAAAUAUAAUCCUGACUAUUCAAGAGAUCCUUUUCAAACAUCAUACAGAGUUGAUGACUACCGUCGCCAACAGGGUAACCCGUCAUCCUACUCUGGAGACUCAUGUAGCAACAGCAUGUCAAGUCCAGCUCUCAGAAAAGCUCCAUUAGCUCCAACACUUCAUCCACAUCCUCAAAAUCAGCACCAUCACCAACAGCAGUCUCAUCUUCCUCUCUCUUCUCUUUUGGAUGACUCUGAAGAUGAAGUCACAAGUAGUGCCAUGUCUGCAAUUGCUGCAGCUGCUGCCGCCUCUGUCUUGCCUGCUGAGAUGAACAAUACUGGUGGACGAGAAGAACGGAGGGACAUCAUCGGAGGUCUGUUAGGAGGGCUUGGCUUCGGGUCAAUGGGCCCCUCUUCAUCCACAUCUGCAGGUAAUGGUGGAAAUGAAGAAUGCCUCAGUGGAUCUAUGAUACCCUUAUCUCACCCAAACCAACAACAACAACAACAACAGCAGCAGCAAGCUCCUAACUCACAAAAUGCCAAUCCUAAUGCCAAACCCAAGCGGCCACGCAAGCCCAGACAGAAAAGAGAGCCUAGACCUGGUGGGACUCCAGGAGAAGGAAUUAAACGUCGGAGAAGCAAUCCGGGCGGGGCUGCUGGAGAUGGUUCAGAAAGGCCUUAUUUGUGCACUGUUUGUGGACGGGGCUUUAGCAGACGUGAAACUCUACGUCGCCAUGAACGCGUGCACACAGGGGAGAAACCUUUUCAUUGUGACAUCUGUGGAAAAGACUUUAGAGAACCUUUUCACCUCACCAAACAUCAUACUGUUCACUCGGGGGAGAAGAACUACAAAUGUUCUCUCUGCGGAAAAGAUUUUGGAUAUGCACAGAGUCUAAAAAGGCACGAAAAGCUGCAUCUAAGAGGUGAUUUUAAGCCAAGGCGAAGUAAAACCAAAUCUGCUGCAAAUCAAGCCACUGCUAAUCAAGAUCAACCUAAUCAAACCAAUCAAUCCAACCCAGGCGCUUAUUACUCUUAUUCUCAGGAUAGUAAAGUUCAAGGAUCUAAUGCUAGCACAAGUAACCAACCUCCUCCUAAGCUGUACACAUGUGAGAUCUGUUGGAAAUCUUUCCGCCAUCACUUCCACCUGACCGCCCAUCACCAAGCCAUUCACGAACAUGGUGGGGAGAAACUCUUUUCAUGUGAAGUGUGCGGUAAGGCUUUCUCUUACUCCAACAGCCUGACAAGACAUCGAUUAUCACAACAUGGAUUGCCUCGCACGGGGCCAACAACACAACCAACAGGAAGUGAAUCUAUUGGAACCGCCCCAUCUGUUUCAGAAAGUGAGGCUGCAACCAAUGCUCUCCUUCAUAUAACACCUGAAAGUGGAGGUCAUGGAGGGCAACAGCCCCAUUCAACAAUCGCUCACACACAGCAUCCCCAGACUGGUGGUUAUUCCCCUCUUUUCUACACUCCUGAGUCAGGACAUCACAGUUCAAAUGUAUCCUCACACCCCCAACAUCUGCACUACUCCAACCCCAAUAUGGGUCCCCUCCAGCUUCAGCAACCAUUAAGCGUGAAGGGGCAGCUUAUUUAUUCAGGGGUUCCAGGUAACUCCCUUCAUUCCACUCCACCUCACAUCCACAUCUCCCCACCCCACCACACUCAGCAGCACCAUCAGCAACAGCACCCCUUCUCAAUGCAGUCGCAACAUUUACAACAAAGCCCUCAGACCCAAGAGGAUGCCACCCAGCAAAAGAAAAAAAAAAAGAAGAGAAAAUAUCAGCCGACUGGUGCUUUACCGUCGAUGAGCGCAUUCAGUGCUUACGAAAUUGCCAGGAGGCAAAUAUACCUAAAGAAAAGAAAAUGCAGGCUCCAGCAGCAGCGAAAAAGGAAGAAGUGGAUUGCUCAGCUGAAGUGGGCCAAGUUUACUGGAGGAGGACUUGGAAUAAGUGUCACUGGAGGCACGUGGCGUGUGGGGCGGUUGAGGUUUAGAGGCCUGAGGUCUCUCAUUGUCCCAUUGAGGUCACACUCCUGUCCUAUCUGUCCCUUCACCACUUUUACAAGCCGCAUAUCUCUUUCAGUUCACCGUGCAUCCAGGCACCCUGCAAGAAAACACGGCCGACAUGCCCGUCUGCACUGCAUAGUCUGUGGAAAGCGUUCACGAAGGCUACUGUCAGCUCUGCGUCAUCGGGCCUACCACCUUUCUCAAGGUGCUUUCUCUUGCUCUAGGUGCCCCUCGCGCUUUUGGAAUUACACUCACCUGCAGCGCCACAAAUUUGCUUGUCGACGUGUCCGUAGAGGAUGCAAAAUCUCAAUAAAGGGGACAAACAUUGAGAGGGCCGAGGACCAGAUGGAAAGAUCGACAGUUGUGUCAGGCUACAGGCACUAAGUAAAAUUGACAUCUGUAAGAAUAAAAGGCCUUAAAAUCAUAUUUGGAGGCAAGGAUAACAUGAAAGUAGGCAUAAAAGCACCACACAAUCAACUCCUUGAUCGUGUGGUCAGACUUUAACCAUGGGAGUGCCUCUUAAAAAAAAAGACUCAGCCGACAUGAAAUAAGCCUGGACCUAAAGAACCAUCCAUUGUAGACAUGGAUCUCUAACACGGUUUCUCCAAAGGGGAAGAAUAUUCUAGAUCGUUUUUUUUUGGUAGCACCUUUGUUGUAAUGGUAGCAUCUUUAUCCUCUAAAAAUACAUUCAUUAUGUAUUUUCUUAACUUUAUUUGUGCUGCAAUGAUGGAUGCAUACCAGUGAAAGUUAACUAAUCUGAACAGUAACAAUCUAUUCUUUAAACUAGUUCCCCCUCCAAUAUUCAGAUUUUAACGGUAUCGCUUUUGUUUGUUUACUCUCAGAAAUACGUAGCUUUUUGUUCUUUGUGGUGUUUUUAUUUUAUUUUUUUUACCCCGGUUUUGCUGUCUUCAUGUUGAAAUGCAAAUGUUUGACCUGAAACUUAAAGUUGCUGGUUGAGAAGCAGAUAAAGUACAUAGCGUGUGUAUUCUCUUUGAACAACUGUCGUUAGGACACUUAUUGUUCAAUUUAACUGUGUCUCAGAGAUAAACACCAGGACUCGCUGCAGUGAAACUGUCAAAAUGUGCAAAAUGUUCUGCAGAGCUGAUGCAGAGGGGACAGAAUGGUGUUGUUAAUGCCAUGUUCCUGUGUUUUGUGUCACCUGUUUUUCGAGAAAUAUGUAAUGAACCUUUACAGGUCUUUCUAUGGCAAGUGUUAAUGUCUUUGAUUGCGAGAUUGGCUCGAGGGACUGAGGUAUAGCCAGUCUGUACUGUACAAUGCGUAUUAUAUUUUAUUAUGUAACAGUUGUGUUCUUUCUUUUUAUUAUUAUUCAAAGUAUAAGUUCUUUUUUUUAAUCAUUUUUACUAUUUUAGGGGUGGGUGGGUGUGUGGCAGGGUCUGUAAGCAUAAGAUGUGGGGAAUAUAUGUAUCAGUGUGAUUUUUAUUCCCUGCCCCUGUAACCCAAACCACAGUUUAGCCCGGCUUUCCCAACACUAUUGUAUUCAUUCUCAAAAUGUUACUUAGCUCUACUGUUCCAAUGUUUUCCUCUCAGUAAACUAAAAUAUAAAUACUAAACAACUGUUUUCUUUUUCUGAGCUAACAGAGAUGUUGAGUCCCUCAGAAAACAAAUAAAACCAUGUCAAAAAAUGUCA